CUCACUUCCGUGUACAAAAAUGAGAGACGGGCGUUGGCGACUUGGGUGAAAUGUUUUGUCCCAACUGUGGUAAACGUGCGAAAGAAAGCUGGAAGUUUUGUUUACAUUGCGGUACUACAUUACCAGCUUUACAAGAUGAAACCGUUGACGACGCGACUGAGGCUAUUUCGUCACUGGAUAUUCAAAUUAAGACUGAAUCCAAGGAAGAGCCGAGAGGAGCAGAAGCUUCAAGUGUUGAAGCAGUAACAAAAGAAUAUGAAGAUUAUGAGUUGGGAAGUGAUAUUCUUGAGGAUCUUGAUGUGAUAUCAGAAGACGAAGUAGAGGAAUACAAAUGUAUCAUGUUGGAAACAGGGUACACAUUUCUUCGUGAAAAGUUAGAACAAACAAUCAAUGGAUGGAAAAAUAUCCAAAUCAACAUUGCUGUAACGGGAGAAUCCGGAACUGGGAAGUCGUCAUUUAUCAACUCUAUCAGAGGACUCAAAGCUGAUGAUCUUGGGGCAGCGGAGGUUGGCGCGGUCGAAACAACAAUGGAGCCAACAGCUUACAAACAUCCAGAUAAUCCAAAUCUUCAGGUUUGGGAUUUGCCCGGAGUAGGAACGUCAAGCUUCACACGGGAGAAAUACUUCCAGAAAAUCAACUUGGGUCAGUUUGACUUUGUAUUGCUCAUGUCGUCUUCGCGAUUCAAGGAAAAUGACGUUUGGCUCGCUAAAGAAAUUCUUAGGUUAAAGCCAAAAUUUAACUUGUUCUUUAUAAGAACAAAAAUCGACGAUGACCUUUUCUCCGCCGAAAGGUCACGCCGCAAAUUGCAGACCGCCAAAGAUAAGCAAGCCUUAGUACAGGGAGUAAGAGAAAAUACAAGGCUCAAUCUGCAGAAAGGCAAGAUAACAAACGCAAAUAUAUAUCUUGUUGACAACUAUGACACAACAGCUUUCGAUUUUGGCACGAUUGUCUGUAAACUGAUCCAAAAGGUCGCCGCUCUGAAAAGGGAAGCAAUGAUUAUGUCCCUGUCUGGAAUCACAAACGAAGUAGUUCAAAACAAGCUCGUUAUUCUGGAAAGUAGAAUAAGUGAGAUUUCUAAAACUGCGGCAGUGGCAGCAGUCUUUGCAAAGGCGGACACAAACAAGUAUCCGGCGGAAAUAGACCUGUUGCUUGAUGAGUGCAGAUUUUAUCGUUCGCAGCUAGGACUCUAUUUAGAUUCGCUACAAAUCAUCGCAAAGCGUCUAAAAAUUGAUCUCGAAGAAAUGCUGGUCAAGUUGUCAAUGCAAUCAUACAGCGUUGACAGUUGCAGUGGGAAACGAGCUUACGCGCUUUAUGACUUCGAUGCCCGAGAUCAUGAAGAUCUCUCUUUCCGCAAAGGCGACGUUCUAAUACUCAAAGACCAGAACAAUAUAAAAUAUGAAGGAUGGUGUUACGCACGGCAUAACGACCCAAAAAACAAGAAUUUCCAGGCAGAGGGUUACGUGCAAUUGAAUUAUGUGGCCACUGAAGACAGCUGCAGUGAGAAACGAGCUUACGCGCUUUAUGACUUCGAUGCCCGAGAUCAUGAAGAUCUCUCUUUCCGCAAAGGCGACGUUCUAAUACUCAAAGACCAGAACAAUAUAAAAUAUGAAGGAUGGUGUUACGCACGGCAUUACGACCCAACACACCAGAAUUUCCAAGCAGAGGGUUACGUGCCAAUGAAUUAUGUGGCCCUUGAAGACAAAUCAGAUGACGAAGCGACUACAGCUAUGUCGUCGCUGAACAUUCAAGAUGAGAGCGAAUCCGAGGAUGGUAUUUAUCAAAGUUUAUUUUGUGCUUAUAUAAGUGAAUCAUCUGAAUAACAUCAACUCAAAACGAAAAGGAAGACUAAUAGGACAAUGUUAAGGUUGAUAAUAAUAAAAUCUUUUAUAACCAGGAAAAUAAUUCGAGACUGGCUCGAGUGAGGCUGCUUACAAGAUUUUCAAUCAUUUGGCCUACAUUUAUUUAUAAAACACCCUUUUUAAUGGAAGUAGAAAUGUAAACACACAUUUUGACUAACUUUUAAUAGGUUUUGGUACAUUGUUAAUAAUAAAAAUGAUUAUGACCGUCAUGGAACAGCGACUAAAACAUUUACCCGUAUACAUUUAUUUGAUGGUUGCUAUUUUCCAACAUCAAGGAAAAUAAGAAUGAUGAAAAACUGUUUGAUCCUUUCAAAGGUUUUUGAAAGACAUAAGUAGUCAGUAAUGCCUAUCCAGGACAAAAUGCACCCAUUGACCCGUUCUUAUUCUAUAUAAAUGAUGCAAUCCUGUUCGAAGUCAAUUUUUAGACGCAGUCAAGCGCGACGUGUUAUCAUAGCUUAUGACGCUUGAUAUGGUUAGGGUUAAGGUUAGCGUUAGGGUUAUGGAUGUGGGCCAUUGUUUAUAAUUCAUAUGAAUUGUUUUAUGUACAUGAAGGCAAUUGAUAUGUAUGUAACCCGUUGUUUGUUUUCAGUACUGUUUCUUCAAUAAUAUACAGUCUAAUAUGAACAAGUUUGUGAUUCGCGUUAACGUCAACG